AUGCUGCAGGAUCGCGAGGGCGAAGAGCUGCGGCGACGCCACCAUACCAGCGCCAAGGAGGAGCCCGAGAUCUCUUCACAGGACGAGGGCGACGAGGAUGAAGAGGAGGAGUCAUUACAGCCGCCCGUUAUUCCGCCCGUUUGGAUGGUCGGCAUCCAAGAGGCUCCCGACUGGCCGAGCUCAAUAUCUGAUGAACAAGUACGCGACGUUGGACAGCCAAUUCUACGCCGACUUCGAGCCGUUGGCCCUAUCGUCGCGCUGUCGAUUGUGCUUUAUAUAGGAGUCGUCACCGUCUACAUGCAUUCGAUGUGGUGGCCGUUGGACACGCUGGGUGGGGUUGGUCAUUUUGUGCUAUUCCUCGCGUGGACCUACGCCACGUUGAACAACUUUUUGUUGGCAACAUACGUGGGCGGUGGCUACAUUCCGAAGAAGUGGAAGCCGGAUGCGUCGAUCCCGAUCGAAGGCGACGUCGUGAAUCGAUUGCAAUGGUGCAAAGUUUGCGACGGUUUCAAGCCGCCCCGCUCGCAUCACUGCAGCAAGUGCGGCCGUUGUGUGAUGAAGAUGGACCAUCAUUGCUUGUGGAUCAACAACUGCGUGGGCCACCGGAAUCACGCGUUCUUCGUUCGAUUCUUGCUGGCUGCCGUGAUCGGCUGCUCGCAUGCGACGGCGAUUCUCGGGCUUUCCAUCUAUCACGCUAUUCAUAUUUCGUGGUAUAUCCGAUUCGGGGACGGCACGGAGCCAAUUAUUGAGAUGACGUUUACGACGCUUUUGGUGGUGGUCUCGGCGCUGGCGUUGGCCAUGGGCGUCACCGUGGCAUUGACCUGCCUCCUCUUCUUCCAAGCCAAGUACAUCCUCUACAACAAGACCGGCGUCGAGGAAUAUAUUUGCAAGAAUUUGUCGAUUUUCAUCGAAUUUGGUUUAGAUGACAAGGCGCAGGCUCGAAUGAGUGAUGAGGGUUAUCGCGGGAUCAACUUUGUCUACCCGUAUGAUCUACAUUUCCGCCGGAAUAUUUCUGAGGUGCUCUCCAACUUCAAGGGCAAGGCGAAGGGCUCCGGGAUCUGGUGGCCGAUUCGUGGAGAUUGCACGCAGUUCACAUUUUCGGAAGAGCAACUACGCCAGAAGAAGCUGAAGCGCAGCCACGCGCGUUACGUAAACAUCAUCAAGCGUUGUAGUGGCGGGUUUUGCGGAUCCCUGUGCACAAAUCCGGGGGCCUGCGUCUGCCAGCCGAUGUCCGACCAGCCACGGCUUCAGGUCGAAGAGGGCGAGAAAUGGAUUGUCACCGGCGGGAAUAAGCGAUGGCUGUACGGGUUCCGCGAGGGCACCGAGGCGAAGGGCUGGUUCCCCCGAAAAUGCGCCCAGCUGCUCGAGGAACGACCGCAUCUUGAA